ACUAACAAGACGACGAAGACAAAGUGUUUAUGUCAACUGAGCCUCGUCUCUAAGACGAUAGAAUAAAGAGCGUUUAUGUGACGUUUCUUUACGAUGUAGUCAAAGCAAAUGUUUAAAAUGAAACAAGUAUGAAUUAAUGGGUGAUUAAAUGUCUUUAGAUAGAGAACCUCUCACUGCCUUGUAUAUGUAGCAGGAGUUUAAGCCGGAUGCUAACUGUUGCUAGCUAGUUAGUUACUAGCUAGAAGAAACAGCAUUAGUGGCUUUUUCUAGGUUGGGUUUUUUUUCUCAUCUGACCGUAAAAUGGACACGAAUGUACAGAAAAAGAGGGAAAGUAAAAAAUCUUUGCGGAUUAAAGUGAUCAGCCUCGGGAAUGCAGAGGUUGGUAAGAGCUGCAUCAUUAAACGAUACUGCGAGAAACGAUUCGUACCCAAAUAUCUGGCUACAAUUGGGAUCGAUUACGGCGUGACGAAGGUUCAAGUACGUGACAGGGAAAUAAAAGUAAACAUUUUUGACAUGGCAGGACAUCCUUUCUUCUAUGAGGUCCGCAAUGAGUUCUAUAAGGACUCACAGGGGGUGAUUCUGGUGUAUGAUGUCGGACUGAGGGAGAGCUUCGACGCCUUAGAUAGCUGGCUCACAGAGAUGAAGCAAGAGAUGGGCUCACAAGCCAAUAUGGAGAGCAUAAUUUUUGUCGUGUGUGCCAACAAGGUCGACUUGACUAAAAGGCGAGUGGUAGACGAGAGCGAAGGCAGGUUGUGGGCAGAGAGUCGAGGUUUUCAGUAUUUCGAGACGUCCGCUCAGAGCGGCGAAGGCAUCAGCGAAAUGUUUCAGGCUUUUUUUAGCUCGAUUACUGACAUGUGUGAGAAUGGAGGGAAGAGACCAAACCCAGAAGUCAGCAUCGGCUUCACAAAGGAACAAGCCGACACUAUACGACGUAUCCGCAACAGUAAGGACAGUUGGGACAUGCUGGGAGUAAAGCCUGGGGCAACAAGAGAGGAAGUCAACAAGGCAUACAGGAAACUUGCUGUGCUGCUGCACCCAGAUAAGUGCGUGGCACCGGGCAGCGAGGACGCCUUUAAAGCAGUGGUCAAUGCACGAACGUCCCUGCUUAAAAAUAUCAAGUAACACUCAUGAAAACGCCAACAUUCUGGUUUAAAGAAAGAGUUUACAAAAUGAAACUACUGUUUGCCGUGUGAAAAUGAUGUCAUACAUUUAUGUUUCCCCCUACGUGCCAUUGUAACUGUGUUUAGUGAAGUGCACAAGUUGAACGUUUGUGUGUUUAACAUGGAUUUCAAAAUGUGUGAUCGAAUACUGGGUUAUAUCAUAUGAUACGGUACGAUACCUUCAUACCCAUAACCUCAUCUCUGGUUUAUUUAGUUAUUUAAUUUAUUUAUACUGUGAAUGCAUCAGGUAGCUCCUUAACCACGAAGCUUUAAAGUACCACGGUUUGCAUUUAUGACAUGGAUCGACUGAACUGCAUGAAUCAGCAUUACAUUACUGCUUUUUUCUGAGUUCUAGAAAAAUAACAAGAUACUUGAGGCUCAAGAAGAAAAGAUUUGACUUUGAAGAACAUGCUGUACUCAAACACUACUCGACGCUUCAAUAUAUGAACAGAAAAAUAAAAGUUGUAUGCCCUUUAUCAGGAUUUAACCUUAGUCCAUUCUACAUUCUACAUAUAUAUAUAUAUACUGUAUAUGACAACAUCUAAAUCCGGUUUGUUGUCACAGCACAAUGUGAAAGGUUGCAUUUUAAAUCAUAGGAGAAUUUAUUGAGGGCAAAAAAAUAAUUUUAUAUAUAUAAAAUAAUAUAAAAUUGUAUUUAAUUAAUUAAUUUAUUUAUUUUUUUGCACUUAAAAAUCUGUCUUUUUUUGGUUUUUGUUUUAAAAAAUUUUUUACACACACUACACAUACUGCAGAUUUUGGUGCCAAGAUUGAGUAAUGUUUACAUAUGAAAUGACAGGUUUAUGAAGUUUAAUUUUUGGUGUGUGUGUGUGUAUUCAUUCUUUCAUUCUAAAAAAAAAAAUACACAAGUGAUUAAUGGAAUGUGUCUUUAUUUAUAUGAAACAAAUUGUAAACUUUAUUCUUGAUUUUUAAGAAUUAGAAAAUCAAAUUGGUUUUGUACAUUUCUCCCUUUUCGUUCCUCUGAGAGAUCUCGCAUUCAUGAAAAUUCUUACUGCAAAGAGUUUCUCCUAGUGACAGAAUUCGAAUAAAUGACUAAAAAUCUUAUUCCAAAAGCAUCUUAACCCUUAAAAGAGCUCAUAAGGUCAAAAAGAUUGAGGAGUGGUGAGGAGGACUUUUAAGAGGCUUAAGAGUUUCUUUAGCAGAGGAGAAAAUGGCCGAAAGGUGAAGAGGGAGAAGAAAUGUGUUGCAUAUAAUAUUUAAUAAUGAUAGUGAGUUAAUAAGAUGAUACAGAUUAGAUCCUGACCAAUCGUAGAUGUUAGUGCAUCUCUAAUAUGAUUGGUCACGAAUGUACACAAUACAGCUGCAAACAUUUUAACACAGAGACAAAGUAAAUUCUUAUAAUAUACCAGAUUUUAAAAGCGCUCCCUUUUUUUAUUGAACAACCAAUCAGUCUUCAGAAUAAUGUGUCACCUAGCAACAAGGUCAGCCCCGCCUCCUCGAGUCUUUGUGGGCCACCGUGUUAAUCGUGAAUAAUUACAAAAGUGUCGGUUUAUGUCGUUCAUCACUGUAAAGCAAGCGUGUAUCGUAUUUUGCAUGAAUGUGUAUUUUGUGUAAAUGGUUAGAGUGUAAGUUUGAAUAAUGUCCUGUCUUGUCGUGUUGCUUUUUUUGUUGAUUUUAUUUAUUCACAUAAAAUGUCUAUGCUAGCAGCAAA